UCCUAAGUUCUAGCCUUAGAAUAUUAAUAUUAUUCUAAGGUUCUAGUGGAAAAUAUUUAAUUCUCUUAAUAUAUUUACUCAAGGGUCACGAUUGCGAAGUGCAAGCUCAGCAAAUAAAGAUUGUUGUUAAAUUAAUACCAUAGAAAUUAGAAUUUAGUAUUAUAAUCUCGAUACAGAAAUCAGUGUGUUCAAAAUUGGUGCUAAUUUGUAUAUAAAACUGGAAUUCCUAUUAUAGUAUGUAAAAAAGAUUGGGAAUGCAGCGACCACCCUCGGGCUAUGGGAUGUGCCGGGUCAUGAGUGGCACAGCGGGCCGGAGCAGGUGAGAGCGGGAUGGGCGAGCCCGAGGCUGGGGCGGGGCUCGCGGAUGCCGUGCUCCUGGCGCCGCUCACAGAGGACACGUUCCUGCACAACCUGCACGUGCGGUACAAGAGGGACAUCAUCUAUACAUGGGUGGGCAACACACUGGUGUCGGUGAACCCUUGUCGGCCACUGCCGCUGUACUCCGCCGAGCUGGUGCGAGCGUAUCUGGCUCGCCCGCCUCACCUGCUGCCUCCGCACCUGUACGCCGUGACGGGCGCAGCCUACCGCUGGGUGCGCGAUAGGAACGAGAACCAGUGCAUCGUCAUCACAGGUGAGAGCGGCGCGGGCAAGACGGAGGCCGCACGCGUGUGCCUGCAGGGCGCGCUCGUGGCGGCGGGUGGAGGCGCCGCCCUGGCCGCUGCCGGCACGCUGCUGGAGGCCUUCGGCAACGCCGCCACCGCGCGCAACCACAACGCCAGCAGAUUCGGCAAGCUGCUGGAGAUCGAGUUCGACUUCCGGGGCGAGCCGGUCGGCGGCCAUCUGACGCACUGAGCGCGCGUGCGGGAGCGGCGUGGCGCCGGGUGAGCGCAACUUCCACGUGCUGUACCAGCUGCUGGC